UUCCACAGCGUGCAUUGUUACUACCCAGAAGCCAGAUCAAUAGCUAUAAGCAGUUAAGUCGCAUAUGAAGACAACUAAAAAAAAAAAUCAAAAUCCGAUGUACUGUUUAGGAUCUGUGGAUGCACAAAAUUAACUAUAACGGCUACUGGUGCUCUUCCCCUAUCCUUUAAAAGGAAUGGACAGAAACCACGGGAGGCAACUCUUCUGCUGGCAUGCGUUUGACCAUCCCAUUCCAAGUGCUGGGUACGAGGCGUUAGUUGAGCAAUUCGUAGACGUGUGUGGAGGGUUACCUCUUUCUCUUCUGGUUCUGGGCCGGCUCGUUCAUGGUAGAGAUCACAGGUUUUGGGAGUUGAAAUUGAAUAAAGCUAGAGAGACGCUGCCACGAGAUGUAAAACAAAGAUUGAGAUUAAGUUUUGACGCAUUAGAGGAUGAGGAAAAACAAGUUUUCAUUGAUAUUGCUUGUUUCUAUUUGGGCAAACCGACGUGUAUGGCUGAAAGAAUAUGCGGGAGUUCAGGAUGGGAUGCUCAAAAUGCAUUGCAAACGCUAAAAGAUAAAUGUCUUCUAGAAGAAGAAGAAGCGAAAAUUUGGGAUGAAAUUGGGUAUGGGAGUAGCCAAUUGAAAAUUGUGUUGAGAAUGCAUGACCACCUGAGGGACUUGGGAAGAGAGAUGGCAGGUGAACUCAGCUCUCCUCGUCGCCUGUGGCAUCCUCGAGAUUUGGAAUCUUUGGAAUUGAUGGGUUUGCAAGCUAUCCUGGCCGAAACCAAUGUCAGGUGUUUCCAUUCCUUUUCCGACGAUGCCAUGGGAUGUGGAGUUACAUUCUUUUUAGGCCAAUCAGAUAGUUGUGUUGACACAUCAGCUUCCUUACUAUGGGUCGAGCUUGCCUACAAUUUCAACAUCCUUUCAUGGGUUGGUCGUCAAAUUUUGCAGCAUGAGAACGAUAUCACAGAACGACAUUUACAAAAUUUGCAGUAUUUGAAAAUCUGCGGUGGACGAUUCAAAACAUUGUGGGAGAAUCCCAGACAGUUUUUCCCUUAUCAGCAUCAGUUAUCAACAAGUUGGAGAGAUUUACAUGGAGUAUCGGGAAGUGCUGAUCCUCUCAAGCUUAGAGAGCUCAUUAUUAGGCAAUGCCCUGAGCUUGAAGAGGUGCCAAGCCUCGCCAGACUGAGCUGCAUGGAGAAGAUUGAGAUUGACUCUUGUGACAAGCUACAGAACAUUACGCUGCCAACAGCACUCAUCACUUUGUCUGUACAAAGGUGCACAUAUUUGCAAAGAGUAGUAGGGUCCAGUGAUCUUAUUAAACUUACAGAGCUGAUUAUUACUGGCUGUCCUGAGCUUGAGGAGGUGCCAAGUCUCUCCAGACUGAGCUGCAUGGAGAAGAUUCAUAUUGACUUUUGUGACAAGCUACAGAACAUUACGCUACCAACAACACUCAUCACUCUGUGCAAAGAGUAGCAGGGUCCAGUGAUCUUAUUAAACUUACAGAGCUGAUUAUUAGUUACUGUCCUGAGCUUGAAGAGGUGCCAAGCUUCUUCUCCAGACUGAGCUGCAUGGAGAAUAUUGAGAUUGACUCUUGUGACAAGCUACAGAACAUUACGCUGCCAACAGCACUCAUCACUUUGUCUGUACAAAGGUGCACAUAUUUGCAAACAGUAGUAGGGUCCAGUGAUCUUAUUAAACUUACAGAGCUGAUUAUUAUGAAAUGUCCUCAGCUUGAGGAGUUGCCAGUUCUUUCCGGAGUGAGUUGCAUGGAGAAGAUUGAGAUUGACUCUUGUGAGAAGCUACAGAACAUUAUGCUACCAACAAUGCUCAUCAGUCUGUCUAUAGGCUGCUGCAGAGAUUUGCAAAGAGUAGUAAUGUCCGGUGAUCUUACCAAACUUACAAAACUGAUUGUUACAGAGUGUCCUGAGCUUGAGGAGUUGCCAGUUCUUUCCGGAGUGAGCUGCAUGGAGAUUGUCUCUUGUGAGAAGCUACUGAACAUUACGUUGCCACAAGCACUCAUCAGUCUGUCUGUACACCGGUGCAGAGAUUUGCAAAGGGUAGUAGGGUACAGUGAUCUUACCAAACUUACAGAGCUGAUUAUUAGUGAUUGCCCUAAGCUUGAGGAGUUAGGAUGCAUUGAUUUUAUUAAACCUACAGAGCUUAUUAUUAGUGACUGUCCUGAGCUCGAGGAGUCGCCAAGUCUCUCCGGACUGAGCUGCAUGAAGACGAUUGAGAUUGACUGUUGUGAAAAGCUGGAGAAAAUAUCAGGCAUUGAAGAGUUGUAUCCAUUUGGCCAUUGCAGCAAUGCACUAAUACGAAACUGCAUUCAUGAAUUAAAGAGUGUGCCGUUCUGGGGAAUGGUUAUGAUUGGAAGAGUAGUGAAUGGAGCGGAGUCAAGUUUAAACGAAGAUCUGUUUCGCGAUGCUAAUAUUGAAAUUGGUACUCCCCAAACUUAUCCAGCUGUUAUUGGAUGCUAUGUGGUUGGUGUUGACAGCUCCACUUCGGCAGAGGAAAUAAAUGAAUCAUUUCAAUUCUCUCAUGGAAUCUGGCCUAGGGUGCGUGAAGGAGAAUGGAUGAUUACAAUGGUGAGAUACAAUAUUAAUUUUGAAAAUGUGGAACAUGUUUUAGGUAAUAAAGGAGUAAUAAAGAAGGGGUUUCGAGUA